AUGGCUCAAGCUGAGGAUCUUCUGGACCAGGAUCAUUUCAGCUGUCCAGUCUGUCUGGAUGUACUGAAGGAUCCAGUUACUAUUCACUGUGGACACAGUUACUGCAUGGGCUGUAUUAAGGGCUGCUGGGAUCAGGAUGAUCAUACUGGUAUGUACAGUUGUCCCCAGUGCAGACAGACCUUUACCCCAAGGCCUGUUCUGGGCAGAAACACCAUACUGGCUGCUAUGGUGGAAAAAUUAAAGAAGAUGGGACUCCAAGCUGCUCUUCCUGCUCACUGUUACGCUGGACCUGGAGAUCCUCACAAUGAAUCUCCUGCAUUUAAGAAGCACAAACUGGUCCAAGCCACUAGAGAGCUACAGGAGAAGAUCUGCUCUCAUCAUGACAAACUGCUGGAGGUUUACUGUCGUACUGAUCAGCAGUGUAUCUGUCUACUGUGUGUGAUGGAUGAACACAGAAGCCAUGAUACAGUCUCAGCUGUAGCAGAGAGAACUGAAAAACAGAAACAGCUGGGAGAGAUGCAGAAGAAAAUCCAGCAGAGAAUCCAGGAAAGAGAGAAGGAGCUGGAGGAUUUGAGACAGGCUGCGGAGUCACUCACGGGCUCUGCACAGGCAGCAGUGGAGGACAGUGAGAGGAUCUUUACUGAGAUGAUCCGCUCCAUUGAGAGAAGGCACUCUGAGGUGAAAGAACUGAUCAGAAAUCAGGAGAAGGCUGCAGUGAGUCAAGCUGAAAGACUCCUGGAGAAACUGGAGCAGGAGAUUGCUGAGCUGAGGGGGAGAGAUGCUGAGCUGGAGCAGCUUUCACACACAGAGGAUCACAUCCACUUCCUCCAGAGCUCUCAGUCUCUCUGUGCGUCUCAUGGACCUGCAGACUUACCCAGCAUCACUGUCAAUCCAAACAACUCUUUUCUUGAUGUGAGGAAAUCUGUCUCUGAGCUGAAAGAGCGAUUGGAGGACUUCUGUAAGGGGGAAUUAAUAAAAAUGUCUGAAUUAGUGAAAGAGGUCCAUAUUGUAGAACCCAAGACUAGAGAGGAGUUCUUACACUAUUCCUGCCUACUCACAAUGGACCCCAACACUGCAUACAGAGAGCUCUGUUUAUCUGAGGGGAACAGAGUGGUGAAACGUGUGAAAAAGACCCUGUCAUGUCUUGAUCACCAGGAGAGAUUUAACUAUUGGACCCAAGUGCUGUGUAGAGAGGGUUUGUCUGGAUGCUGUUACUGGGAGGCUGAGUGGAGUGGGGAGAGAGGAGUUGAAAUAGCUGCCUCCUAUAAAGACAUAAAGAGGAAAACAAAGGAUGAAGACUCAUCCUUUGGACAUAAUGACAAGUCCUGGAGUUUGAGCUGUUCACCUUCCAGUUACUCCUUCUGGCACAAUGGUGAGAAAACCAAAAUCCCUGUCCCUCCCUCCUCCAGAAUAGGAGUGUACCUGGAUCACAGGGCAGGAACUCUGUCCUUCUACAGCGUCUCUGACACAAUGACCGUCCUCCACAGAGUCCAGACCACAUUCUCUAAGCCCCUCUAUCCUGGGUUCUAUGUCGGGCGUGAAUGCAGUGUAAAACUGUGUUGUCUGGGUGAAUAG